GUGGGACAGAGAGAGCUACCUCAGAUUCUUCGUCGUUGUCGGGAAGGGGAGGAUGGCCAGUGUAGGAAGGGGAGACGGGUCAUCAUCUUUGCCGGGAAUGUGAGGAGGGUCAUCGUCUUCUCCAUUGAUCCCUUCACAGUGCCAAGCUUGUGGAAGGAUAUGGAAUGUUACGGCAAGCUUAGCGUUGCUCGGAGAACAGCGGCAGUCACCAUCUAAGACAUAGCCUACGACGGAGGAUGUGGGACGGAUCCGGAGGGAGAUGUGGACUGUGACGGUGAAGAGGCGACGACGAUGAGCAGGGGAAGAGGGAAUAGAGGGAGAGAGGAGGAAACGAAAGGGAGAGAAGAAAAGGGUUUCAAAUUAGGGAUUCUUUCCCUUUUCCAAUGUGGUGAGAGAAAUUAAUUAUGUAAUUAAUGUCUAAAAAAAUAGGUGAUUAAUCC